AUGCGGUGGCCGACGUGGGAGGCGCUGGUGGCGCUGGCGGCGGUGGCGUGCCUGGCGGCGGGCGUGCGCGGCGGCUACGGCCUGAGCAUGUUCGCCGCGCAGCCGGCGCCGCAGCCGGACCCCUGCUACGACGAGACGGGCCAGCCCCGCCGCUGCAUCCCGGACUUCGUCAACGCGGCCUUCGGCAAGGAGGUGAGGGUGUCGAGCACGUGCGGCCGCCCGCCGGCGCGCUACUGCGUGCUGGCCGAGAAGGGCGAGGAGCGGAGCCGCGCCUGCCACCUCUGCGACGCCGCCGACCCCAAGCGCGCCCGCCCGGCCGCCUACCUGACCGACCUCAACAACCCGCACAACCUGACGUGCUGGCAGUCGGAGGCCUUCGUGCAGCACCCGCUCAACGUGACGCUGGCGCUGGCGCUGGGCAAGAAGUUCGAGGUGACCUACGUCAGCCUGCAGUUCUGCUCGCCGCGCCCGGAGUCCAUGGCCAUCUACAAGUCGAUGGACGGCGGCAAGGCCUGGGUGCCCUUCCAGUUCUACUCCACGCAGUGCCGCAAGAUGUACAACAAGCCCAGCCGCGCGCCCAUCACCAAGCAGAACGAGCAGGAGGCCAUCUGCACCGACUCGCACACCGACAUGCGGCCCCUCGCCGGCGGCCUCAUCGCCUUCAGCACCCUCGACGGGCGGCCCUCGGCCCACGACUUCGACAACUCCCCCGUCCUGCAGGACUGGGUCACGGCCACCGACAUCAAGGUGGUCUUCAGCCGCCUCCACACCUUCGGCGACGAGAACGAGGACGACUCCGAGCUGGCCCGCGACUCCUACUACUACGCCGUCUCCGACCUGCAGGUGGGCGGCCGCUGCAAGUGCAACGGGCACGCCUCCCGCUGCGUCCGCGACCGCGAGGACAACCUCGUCUGCGACUGCAAGCACCACACCGCCGGCCCCGAGUGCGACCGCUGCAAGCCCUUCCACUACGACCGGCCCUGGCAGAGGGCCACCGCCCGCGAGGCCAACGAGUGCGUCGACCGGCACGAGGCUGAGACAGAAUCGCAGGUCUUUCCUGCAGGGCUAGAACCAGACAAGAACACUUGGGAGAGGCGGGGGGAGCAGCAAGAGAAGGAAAAGGCUGGUUGA